GUGCGACGAGAGAUAAAUUGCAAUCGUCUAUACUUGCCGCAAUCACUAGUACCCUUCGAACUGUCAUCGCAUUCUCAUUCUGACCCGCGUCUCCUUAGGCCAAGUACGACUUGGUACCAUUCCUUCCCGAAAAAUGGGCUUUUGGCGCGUGAUACUUAGUCGAAAACCUACGCGGGUUCUCAAGCAAGCACUGAGCGGCUUAAGAGAGCUGUCACAAGCAGUAGCGCAUCCGAACAUACUGUAUAGCGAUCGCGAGGAUGUGGAAGUACCCAGGAUACCUGUUCAUCAGUAUAUUUAUGCGAAAAUCGAGCCGUUCCACAAAUACACUUUCACAGAAUGUUCGGUGACAGGCAGAAAAUACACAUACGAAGAGGUACGAGUGAAAGCAAGGAACCUAAGCAAAUCUAUAGUCAAAAAAUUGAGGCUGCAAAAAGACGAUGUGGUUGCAAUUUUCCUUCCAAAUAUUCCUGAAUAUCCCAUUUGCUGCCUUGGAAUCAUGGAAGCGGGUUUGGCAGUCACAACAAUGAAUCCCAUCUACACUGCUGAGGAAAUCUCAAAACAAAUUUUGGACUCUAACGCUAAAGCAAUGAUAACAUUGAACCAGAAUAAUUUAACCAGUACUGCUGAAGCUGCUAUCAAAAUGGCCAAGAGAACUUUACCUAUUGUUGUAAUCAAGGACAAGGAGUGCGAUGACCUGUGUCGUUCAUGCAUCGACUUCGGGGAGCUAGUGGAUACAAACACAGACAUUCCAGACUUUGAUCAUGAAGGCUUGGACAGGAUGGCAUUUCUGCCAUACUCAAGUGGAACUACAGGUUUGCCAAAGGGCGUGGAGCUGACCCAUAACAAUUUGGUAUCAAAUCUGUGUCAGGGUGCACACCAGGAUUUCAACAAGUUCGUUUCGGCCAAUGGUAAUUUUCAAGAGGUAAUAUCAGCAGUACUGCCUAUGUUCCACAUUUAUGGUUUCAUGGUGAACCUGCUAAAUGUAGCGACCUACGGAACUAAAGUGGUAACCAUACCGAGGUUUCAUCCAGAACUGUAUAUUUCUGUGUUGAAACAACAUGCUAUAACCGCAAUAUAUGCUGCCCCACCUUUAGUACUAUUUAUGAUCCAACACCCCGAUGUUCGAGCUGAGUACAUGAAGAAUGUAAAGUUUAUAUUAUCAGCUGCAGCUCCAUUAGGUUCCUUGGAUGAACAGCACUUCCAGGAAAAAUUUGGAGAUACAAUAUCAAUUACGCAAGGUUACGGCCUAACGGAAACUUCCCCAUUAGUUACGUUAUUCCCCAAGAAGUAUGCCGAAGAAACUUCCCAGCCUGUUACAGGAUCCAUCGGGAAACUCCUGCCGAACACUCGGGCCAAAGUUAUAAGCCUAGACGAUCCCACAGGACCGCCUCUAGGGCCCAAUGAGCAGGGAGAACUGCUACUGAAAGGACCACAGAUAAUGAAAGGGUACCACAACAAACCAAAGGAAACUGAAGAGACCAUGUUGGACGGUUGGCUUAGAACUGGUGAUAUAGUUCGGUACAAUGAGGAUGGAUUUUUAUUCGUAACAGAUAGACUCAAGGAACUUAUUAAGGUGAAAGGAUUCCAAGUAGCCCCCGCAGAGCUAGAAGAGCUAAUAAGAGCCUUUCCGGCAGUGGAAGAAGCAGCUGUCAUCGGAAUCCCGCAUCCCAACCACGGCGAAGUACCAAGGGCGUACGUAGUACCAAAGAAAGACACCUCCUUGGUACCGGACGAGCUGGAUAAGUUCGUAGCUAGCAAGGUGGCCAACUACAAAAGGCUGUCGGGAGGCAUAGAGGUGGUCGACGCUAUUCCAAAAACGCCUAGUGGAAAGAUUUUGAGAAGACAGUUGAAGGUUAUGCACCAGCAGCAGGGUCGGUGAAAGGGGAUGUACUAUUUUUCAUCUUCCCAGCUUAAUGGUUUUGCCCACUGUACCACGACUGAGAGUUCGUAUGUCCACACUGCAAUGGAGCAGCCUUAGCUUAUCGAACGGGUCAAAUUUGCAAUCUGAUAUGCAGAGCAAUCAAAUUGAUGGAUGUAUGCUUCAAGAUGACGGCUAGGAUCAUCUGAUUAUCAUAGUAUGAUAUAUAUAAAAAAUGUCAAAAAUGUGUAUGUUUUUUGAGCUAAAUAUCCCACAUUUGAUAUUGAUAUAAGAUACUAUAAAUUUUUAAUGGUUAGUUGUUGAACAAUAAGCGUUUCAGUGUAUGCUUGACUUUGACAGCCAGUCAGUUCACCAUUUUGAAAAAUUUAAAACUUUUAGUCAGUGGAUAUAAAUUACCGAGCUCAAGAAUGAAGCGGUAAUCAGAUUUUCAAGCAUUAUUUUUACGUUGAAAUAUAGUAUCCAUCAGUUUCAUGGCCUCAAAUUUCAGCUUUCUAACUUGACCCGUUUUAAAAAUAAAAAUAAAAAUAAAAAUGUUGAAAAGCACUGUACAGGGUCGCCCAUCCAUAUUGGCCAUUAUACUGGGUGUCCCAAUUUCGACCUACAUAUCAAAGUUGUAAUUUUUCAAAUAGAAUGCCUCAAAUUUUAUUGCAUAUUUGGAUAAACCAAUUCAAAAGAAUAAAAGUGAUAUAACAUACUCUGGGGUUUUGGUAAUUAGCUACUGAGAUAUAAGGCGUUGUCUAGAAAAACCCCCCACUUCGGCAACCCCUCAGACCGCCAUUUUGAAAUUUGUAGUGCUGAAUUUUCUACCAAAAAAAAACUUACACACCUCAGCUUUUAUCUUAUUUGUUACUUUUUCGAAUUUUAAUUUUUGCUCAUUCAGGGUGGUCAAAAAAGCACAUUGUAGUUUUUCUCAAAAAUUUAUAUUUGUGCGAGUUUGGAUUCAAUUUUUCAUAAGUUUUUUUUUGAUACUAGACCCAUAAGAGUUUUUACGGCUAUUUUUUCGGUUAUUAGCACGUCUUUUAUGGAACGGCUCAAUUCCCUAAAAUAUCGCAUCAUCCUUGGAAACAAAUAAAUUGUUGAUUAGUUACAAACUGUCAAAAUUAGCGUUGUGAGCAUUAUUAUUAAAAACGUGUUUGAAAAUGAAUUUUUCUAAAGAAGAAAUGAAGCCCAAUGAAAUAGUUUCCUAGCAUCUCGCCUUAUAUCUUGGCCUUCUAGAUCACCAGAUAUGACACAGAUAGACUUCUUUCUAUGGGGCUACGUUAAGCAAGAGGUUUAUAGAUAUCCACCAUCUACCCCGGAAAAUAUAAAGGAAAGGAUUAAGGAUGAUUUUCUGAACAUAAGGGAACACAUGCUGAGGGAUGCGCAACGGUCAUUUAUCCAAAGACUACGGCUGUGUAUUCAACAUGGUGGAAAUAUUUUCGAGCAGUUUUUGUAGAUUAGGUCUUGGGUAGUGAUAGUUGUUUGUUUAUGUUGUUGUUAUAGUAGUCUUUCUCUAUUACGCUUGAAGCUGAAUACUGUUCUGAUUGUUAUUAGUUUUUACGUAAAAUCUGUACUCUUAGUGGCAAUAUGGAACUAUCCCACUGUUUAUCUUUUGUUUCCAUGAAUGAUGUGAUUUUUUUCCUUAAUUUUGAUGUUUUUCUAUUAAAAGCUUAAUAACUCAAAAUCUAGUGAGUUUAUCUGAAUCAAACCUUAUAUCUUGGACCUCGGUUGGCCGCGUGGGUCAGAGUGUCGUGCUGCUGAUCAGCCGGUCGGCCGGGCCGCGAGUUCGAAUCUCGCCUUGGCCAUGGAUGUUGUGACGUCGUGUGUUUGUCCAUAAUUAGAAAUGUAACAUAUAAC